CUGGGCCCUGCCUCGCCGGCGCGCGCUGGCGUCCUGCGCCGUAACUCGCUGACCGGAGAGGAGCUGCAGCUGGCGCGCGUGAGCAACUGGCCGCUCUUCUACCUGUUCUGCUUCGGCACGGAGCUGGGCAACGAGCUCUUCUACAUCAUGUUCUUCCCUUUCUGGGUCUGGAACCUGGACGCCCUGGUGGGCCGGCGGCUCGUUGCCAUCUGGGUGCUGGUCAUGUACCUGGGCCAGUGCACCAAGGAUAUCAUCCGCUGGCCGCGGCCCGCCUCGCCGCCCGUGGUCAAGUUGGAGGUCUUCUACAACUCCGAGUACAGCAUGCCCUCCACCCAUGCCAUGUCCGGCACCGCCAUCCCCAUUUCGAUGAUCCUCCUCACCUACGGCCGCUGGCAGUAUCCUCUUAUAUAUGGACUGAUUCUUAUUCCCUGCUGGUGUUCUCUAGUUUGCCUAAGUAGAAUUUACAUGGGAAUGCACUCCAUUCUGGAUAUUAUUGCUGGAUUCCUAUAUACCCUUUUAAUCUUAGCUGUCUUCUAUCCAUUUGUGGACCUGAUUGACAACUUCAACCAAACUCACAAAUAUGCUCCAUUAUUCAUCAUUGGGCUUCAUUUAGCUUUGGGGAUCUUUUCUUUCACUCUUGACACCUGGAGCACAUCCCGAGGAGACACAGCCGAGAUUCUAGGAAGUGGUGCUGGAAUUGCAUGUGGAUCUCAUGUUUCUUACAACAUGGGUCUAAUAUUAGAUCCUUCUCUAGAUACAUUACCUUUAGCUAUGCCCCCCAUUACUGUGACUCUGAUUGGAAAAGCCAUGUUGCGGGUUCUCAUAGGGAUGGUGGUUGUACUCAUAGUCAGAGAUAUAAUGAAAAAGAUCACCAUUCCUUUAGCCUGUAAAAUCUUCAAAAUACCAUGUGAUGAUAUUCGAAAAGCAAGACAACACAUGGAAGUUGAACUCCCUUACCGGUAUAUUACCUACGGGACAGUUGGUUUCUCCAUCACAUGUCUGGUUCCUUACAUAUUUUCCUUUAUUGGUAUCUCUUGAUGGAGAAAUAUUUUUUUAUUAAAGAAAGGUGUCGGUUACUGAUAUAUAAAAAUAUAUUCUAGUAAAAGCCAGAUCAGAGUUAGGCUUUUGCAGGAAUUUAACUUAAAUAAUUAUUUAAGUAAAUUCGUAAGAGUCAGUGCAUUUUAUCAUUGCACAUUCAAAUAUUUUAGGUGAACUGAACUUUUUCAGUAUUGAGAAAAUGAUAAGUAUCCAUUUAGAAUGUCCAUGUAAUAUUUGAAGAAUUUUGUGCUGUUAUCGAUUCAGGUUAUAUAUAAUAUAUAUUAAGGUAUAUAAUAUGCAAUUUUAUAUCUAGUAUAUGUUAUAUAUAAAAUAAUAUGCCUAAGUUUUUUUUAACCAUGGGGGUGUAUUAUAAAAUCAAUAAUAAUAUGCAAACAGUUGUGCCUGUGUAUUUGGACUUAAUACAGGUAUGUCAUUAUUAACAAAUAUAGUUAACAUAUAUUUACAAUGGGAGCCAUUUCCUAAUUGAAUUGCAUAACCACUAGAGCAGAAUUCCUAUGCUACCACAUGUUGAUUUACUGCCUCUCUUUACACUGCCAUCACCUUUCCUGUUACCCAUGAGGUUGGACAUGGGGGGCGUUUUCAAUGGACCAAAUUUUUAGAAAAAUUCAUUUUCAAUUUUUUUUUGUUUGUCUUUUUUCCCCCUAAGUUCUGUACACUGUAUUGAAUGUACUUUAUUUGCAACUGUUCUGGAUAUCAUUUUAAUAAGUCAGGUACUGAAUUUUAUUGCUUGCUAAUUGUGCCUUUUUGUUGCUGAAUUACGAAAUGCCAUGUAUACUGUGAUAUAGAAAUAAAAUGUUAAGUUACAUAUAAUCAGGCCAUUUUAAAAACAGAGGGAUAGAAGUGAACACCCUUCACUCUUUAGCCAUUUUUGAGGAAGAAAUGUGGAAUGGGCUAAACUUUCUCACUAAUUUAUCGAAAAGCUAAGUGGAUAACUAUUUCCAUUUUUGUAGGUAUUUUUCUGUGCAUUGUAAGUUAUAGGAACAAGAUAUAUUUUUUUGUACAUUGUCUUGAAUGUUUAUACUGCUGGUAGAUAUUUCCAAUGAGUGGAAAUGUAGUUGAAAUUUAUAGAUGGGACAAUGCACAUGGAAACAAACCUUUUUUCUAAAUUAUUUGGAAAAGAUUAGAUUUAGCACGUUCACUUUUAAUACCCAUUUAUGAGCUACUCAAGGUAAAUUCUAUAAUCUAAAAAUAAGAAUUUUCAAUCCUAUUAUUUUUUUCAACUUCUUAUUUUCACAGUGGAAAAUUUGGGUAUAAUAUUAAGCUAUUCUUUUGUCUGUCCGUGCCUUUAUAUUUUGAAGUGUGAUUGUAAUUAGGUUAACAUUAAGUUAAGUUUAUUUGUAGGUUUUUCAUAAAGAAGACAAUUAGCUUUCCCUAUAAAUGAACAUCAGGUAUGGAAUUACUGAUUUUAGUGCAAUAUCUAUAUGAUUAUACAGAAGUAUCACUUAAGAUGUGUCUAUUUUGGGCAGCAUAACUAUUUGAGCUCAUAUUUUUAUAAUUCUGACUGAGAAUUUAGGGACAUGGUAAUUUUUUACCCAAACUGAGUCUGAUAAUUUUAAGUAAAGCAACUAAAUUUGGGCCCUUUACCUACUAGGAAAAGGCAAUUGAGAAUAUAUCGGUACAUUGGAAAAUGUGAAAAGAGCUUUUUCUUUCUAAGUAUGUGUUUAAUGAAUUGAAUUUUAGGUUUCCAUAGUUUGAGUUUUGCUAUCCUAUUAAUUUUUGUGUCUAGGUUAAAAUGUAUUUGAAAGUAUUUUAUUUCUUUGUGUCUUAUUAUUUCCUGUCCGAUGACAGAUCUAUGCUAAAUAAAUGUAUUUUAAAAUAAAAGCCAAAUUCAAGAUGGAUGAA